AUGGCGAAAAGUUUCAAGCUUCGGAUCACGAGAGUUAUUACUACUACCUUACAAUCCUGCCGUUCAAAAGACCCCUCCACUCUCCCGGAAGAUCCUGUCCCUUCAUUCUCACGACUUUCUCCCGGGAACCCCAACUUUACGGCCGUCAAUUUGCCGCUUUCAAAGGACCAAAACCAUCGCCCUUCCUUCAAAAGCAACGUGUCAUCUACUUUCUUAGCGGCCGGUUGUGGUUGGGCCUCUAAGCCCGAUGCGACAAUUACUUCCGAUGAAGACUGCACCAGAUCAGAACCCCAAGAAUUCAAGUGGCAAAAGGAGGAGAAAUGGCACGUUGUUGCAAAGAUCUAUGAAGAGAAAGCACCACGCCAGAAAGUGUACAACUCCUCUGUUUCCGGCGGGUCCGACGAUGAUGACUUAACUUUUGCAGCUCCUCGUGCACUGCCGCCGCCAUCCGCGGCGGAGAAAAAGAAAAGACGCGGGAAGAAGAAGAAGAAGAACAUCCCAAGUAGACUUCGCAUUAGCACCUCAUCAGCCGAUAGUGGGUGGUUUAGCAGUGAAGGCGGUGUCAGUGUUGGUGAUGAAAGAGAUGAAGAGGAAACUGAAACCCUAGUUUCCUCCUCCAUUAGCUUCUCCACUGACUCCUCCUCGGAGUUCAACCCUCGUUUGCAUCCCAUUCAAGAAGCACCCUUUUCCCCAAAACCUCACAGGAGGAACAAAAGGAGAGUGGCCAAGACUUCAAAGCGCAGCAUUUCAAGACCGUCAGUCUCCGCCGCAGAAGGCGAGAUUCCGGCAAGACUGUCCAUGUUCAAGAAAAUGAUACCAUGUUCCGUUGAUGGAAAAGUUAAGGAAAGUUUCGCUAUAGUGAAGAGGUCUAAGGAUCCAUACGAGGAUUUCAAGAAUUCAAUGAUGGAGAUGAUUUUGGAGAAACAAAUGUUUGAAGAGAAAGAUUUGGAGCAACUCUUGCAGUGCUUUUUGUCUUUAAAUUCCAGUAAUUAUCACGGGAUUAUUGUCCAGGCUUUUUCUGAAAUUUGGGAGGAAAUUUUCUGCCCUGGUUCGAGGCCUUCUUCCUCCUAUCGCCGCCGUGUAUCCGGUGGAGCAAAUUAG